AUGUCCGAGGAAAGACAGGAUAUCCUCCGUAAUAUUUUUGACCUGUACGUCACGAAGAAAGGAAAUCUCAAUGUCACGAAAUUCGUCAAUGGCCUUGAACAAAUGGGGCUCAAAAAGUCCGAUGCAAGACUGCUUCCGUUCAUGAACAGAAUGCGAGACUUCCAGCUUUCUCCUGCUAAAGGAGAGGAGGUUGCACCAAUUAUGCCUGAUGAUUUCAUGAAUUUGAUCGGCGAUGCCGAGGAGUUGAUCGUCAAGGCGUUCUCAGGAAAUCUCGUUAUUCCUGACUUCAGCACCUUCAAACAGACUGUCACCGAAAUUUACGAAGAACUCAAGGACUUCAACUCUGGUCACCCAGCCGAUUACAUUCCUCAACUCGCCCGUGUCGACCCGAGUCUCUGGGCUGUGUCAGUUUGUACCGUUGAUGGCCAACGCUUUGAUAUUGGAGAUAUUGAUCAGACUUACUCCAUCCAAUCGACCUCUAAGCCCUUCAACUACGCGAUGGCUUUGGAUCUCUAUGGAAAUGAAGAUGUGUACAACUACGUCUCUGCUGAGCCAUCUGGCCAUGGCUUUAACGAAAUUGUCCUUGAUGGACGAAACAAACCUCACAAUCCGAUGAUCAACGCUGGAGCCAUCAUGGUUUCCUCACUUGUUAAGUCCGAAAUGAACACAGCUGAUCGAUUCGAGUACAUGCAAGGAAUCUUCCGUCGACUUGCCGGAGAUCUCCAUGUUGGCUUCAAUAACUCAAUCUACCUUUCAGAGCGAUCCGUUGCUGAUAGGGAGGGAUCUUUAAAGAACACGCCUAUUUCGAUGCAACCUAUUUUUGAUCAAUUGAAGCUUUUAGCUGGAACCAACCUUGAAAAGGUCCUCGAAUUCUACUUCCAGCUCUGCUCCAUCGAAGCCAAGUGCGAUUCUCACUGUGUCAUGGCUGCUACCCUCGCCAACGGAGGAAUUUGUCCAAUUACAAACGACAAAGUCUACGAGCCACGAUCCGUCCAACAGACACUUUCUCUGAUGCUUUCGUGCGGUAUGUACGAUUACUCUGGACAGUGGGCUUUCCAGGUUGGACUCCCCGCUAAAUCUGGUGUUUCUGGUUCUAUCAUCGUUGUUGUUCCAAAUGUCAUGGCGAUGUGCCUUUACUCUCCUCCACUCGACAAACUUGGAAACUCAGCCAAGGGUAUUGAGUUCAUGAACAGAUUGCUCCAACGAUUCAACUUCCAUCAUUUCGACAGUUUAAAUCAUGCUGUCCAGAAAAUCAACCCUCGAAAUAACAUGAUGAAGAUUGAGGACAGUAACCGCACCUCAUUAUUCUUUGCUGUUGGAGCAGGCGAACUUGGACUUGUCAAGAAGUUUUUCGACAGCGAAUACGACUUCAACGCCAAGGAUUGCAACGGCCGAACAGUUCUUCACGUCGCCAGUGCAGUUGGCGCUGAAUCAAUUGUCCGAUUCUUGCUUGAAAAGACUGAGCUGAAAGCUGACGAGCCGGAUCUAUGGGGCGAAACUCCGAUGGACAUCGCUACCAAAUAUGGCUUUAAUUCUAUUACAGAUAUCCUUCGUUGCCGAGUUAUUGCACAAACCAUGCCUACUGUUGACGAUUCUCCAAAAUCUCCUGCCAUCUCUGAAGGAGAUUCGGGCGUCGUUUCUUCUGCCUAG